UAUCCCCACCACCUUCAAAUCCAGACGUCUUUCUUGACAUACAAAAUGGUGCGAAAAGGGGGAUGCACUCUAUUUUAACGUAAUAUUUUACUUUUAACCUUUUAAACGACCACCAAAGCGCAUUGCACCACGUUCACCAUGACGCCAAGAAAGAAGCCAACAACGAGCUCUGAAUCGACAUCUGGAAGCAGCAGUUCUUCGAGUUCAUCCAAUUCCUCUUCUUCUUCUGGAAGCGACUCCAGUUCAUCAGACUCAGAAAACUCUUCAGCCUCUCAGGCCAGUGCUGCUAAAAGUGGUGGCCGCUCAACUGAUUCAGACAGCCGGAAAUCGUCUGCCAAGAAGAAAGUCGGUCAAAAUGCUCCUAGCGGUCAAUCCAAUGCCUCUUCUGGAAAUGCUUCAUCCAAAACUAAUUCUAAACCAGAAGCAUCUGGUACAGGAUCUGAAAGUGCUUUGGAAGCUGCAAAGAAGGCUGCCAAAACAAGAGCAGGGGCUCAGAAGGCAAGUCAGGUCUACUCAUCAGAAGAUGAUGAUGUCCCACCUAAACCUACUUCUAAACGUAAAGCCCCAGCCAAGCCCAAAGCCUCCGCAACGGUCACUCCACAGCAGAGACAGGCAAAAGCACCUUCAAAGCCUUCUCAGGCCAAAACAAAUGCUGGGAAAUCGAAUUCCACUCAGAAGAAUGCCCCUUCAAAGGAUACCAAUUCUUCAUCCAAAACAAAUGCCUCCAAGCAAGCAGAUAAGAAAAAUAAGACAAAAAGUAUAUUUAGUCCAGAGAACAGCAGUGAAAGUGAAGGACCGUCCACUCCAUCCAAAACUAUUCCGCCUAAAAGUAUGGCAAACAAAGUGGCAUCAGCCUUGAAUCAGAAGGCUAAGCAAAAGAAAGAAUCAGGGGCUGUAUCUGAUAAGUCAGCUGCUUCUUCGGCCUCAUCUGAAUCAGGUUCUUCAACUGGAUCAUCAAGCAGUUCUGACAGUGAUUCAAGUGCUGAAUCAACAUCUGCUCCUACUAAGCCAACAGCUACAACACCUGUCAAGAAAGGACCAGGACGGCCUCCCAAGAAGUCACCAGUAACACCUGUUCGCAAUCAGGGCAAAAAUGCAAAAAAUGCCAAGCAAGCAACUCCUCCAAAUUCAUCCUCCAAUUCCAACUCUAAUUCAAACUCAGGCCUCCCAACAGGCGGUGGGGAUUCUACCAGGGCUGGCUCAGAAAGUGAAGCUGAUGGGUCACAGGUAAAAUCUUCUCCUGAGAAAUCAAAGACCGAAACCCCACUUGUAAGAAAAGUUACACGGUCAGCUACUAACAAUGCUCGGCGAAGCAAACACUUAAUAGGCAAGUCGACUCUUGGCAGUGACUCUGACUCUGAUGCAGACAGCAAAUCAAUUAUCUCCAAAAAUCCUGUGAAAAAAACUAUGAAUUCCAAAGCACCUCCUCGCAAAGCUAAGGGAAAAGGUAUGGGAGCUCCCCAUUCUGAAACAGGUGCAAAGAUAAUUCCAGAGGAAGAAAGGAAGUGUCCGUAUGAAGGAUGUGAUUCUAAAGGCCAUCUGAGUGGAAAUUAUGAAAAACAUUACAUUAUUGAAGCUUGCCCUUUAUAUCACAACAAGACUCCACAGGAGUGCAAAGAAUCUUACAAUGAUCGGACAAGAAAGAAUGAAGAGAGACAACGAGCUUUGACUGCCAUUUUAGAGAGAAGAUCUCCCAAAACCCAUCAGUCCCUUGAGCAACGAAAUUACAUGCUAAAGGUAAAAGAAAUGCGUGACAAAGACCGAAAGCGUCAGAAAAGGAAAAACAGCAGCAGUGGAAGCGAUAGUGGUAGUGCCAGUGGAAGCAGCAGUAGCAGUGAAGAUGAAGAAGGUGAUGAUGAAGAUACCGGCCAGAGAGAGCCAAAACUUAAGGGUGUUGCACCAAUGUAUGAUAUCCAACUGUUCCAAGAAGCGCAAGCAAUGGCAAGCCAAAAAAUGGAGGAAGAUUUGAAAACUCUUCCAUUUACCAAGGGCACUAAAUACAUAGAAAUGGGGAAACAUGAAAUGGAAGUUUGGUAUCAGAGCCCCUAUCCUGACGAUUAUGCUCGCUUGCCUAAGCUGUACCUUUGUGAAUUUUGCCUUCGUUAUAUGAAAAGUGCCACUAUUUUGAAGAGACAUGCUGUAAAGUGUGUCUGGAGACAUCCGCCUGGAAAAGAAGUGUACAGGAAAGACAAGUUGUCUGUGUGGGAAGUUGAUGGAAAGAGGUACAAGUUGUACUGUCAAAACUUGUGCCUCCUAGCAAAAUUUUUCCUUGACCACAAAACGCUGUAUUACGAUGUGGAACCUUUCCUCUUCUAUGUGAUGACUCUCAACGAUUCUGACGGAUGCCACACUGUGGGCUACUUCAGCAAGGAGAAGAACUCGUUCCAGGGCUACAACGUGUCGUGCAUCCUGACGCUGCCGCCGUACCAGCGCCAGGGCUUCGGUCGCCUGCUCAUCGACUUCAGCUACCUGCUGACGAGGCAGGAAGGCAAGAUGGGCUCGCCCGAGAAGCCCCUCUCGGACCUGGGGCUCAUCUCGUACCGCUCGUACUGGAAGGACGUGCUGCUCGAGUACCUGUGCAACUUCGGCGGCAAGGAGCUCAUGGUCAAAGACAUCAGCCAGGAGAUGGCCAUCAACCCCAACGACAUCGUGAGCACGCUGCAGGCCAUGGGCAUGAUCAAGUACUGGAAGGGCAAGCACAUCAUCCUCAAGAAGCAGGACGUGAUGACCAACUACCGGGAGAAAAGGAAGCGCCGCAAACCAGAGCCGGCCGAGGUGGUGCUUGACGCGCAGUGCCUGCGGUGGAAGCCCUAUGUGGCCACCACCAGCCCCGCCAGCUGACGACCCCCGCGCCCCGCACCCCGCACGCCUCAGACGUGAUCGAGGACUACCAGGCGCGCUCCAAGCGGCGCAGCCCCGUGUUCAAGGAGCUGGACGCCAAGUGCCUGCGCUGGAAACCGUUCGUGGUGCCGCGGGCGUCGAGCACGCCGGG